AACGGGAGCGGAAAGAGGAAAGCUGAGAGCCCGAAGGCAGUAGCCCCUACCACCGCCGGCCCAGGUUACCAUCUAGCACCGGGAAACAUAGCAAAGAGCCGCCGCCGGCAGAAGCCAACCAGUCGUAACCAUGAGCAGCGAGGCCGAGACGCAACAACCACCCGAUGCCCCUGCGGAUGAGGAGAGCCCAUCCAGCCCGGCAGCCGAAGCUUCCGCGGCGGAUAAGAAGGUCAUCGCAACAAAAGUCUUGGGUACAGUCAAGUGGUUCAACGUCAGGAAUGGAUAUGGUUUUAUCAAUCGGAAUGAUACAAAGGAGGAUGUUUUUGUACACCAGACGGCCAUCAAAAAGAACAACCCAAGGAAAUACCUUCGCAGUGUUGGAGAUGGAGAAACUGUGGAGUUUGAUGUAGUUGAGGGAGAGAAGGGAGCUGAGGCGGCAAAUGUCACUGGCCCAGGAGGAAUAGCAGUCCAGGGAAGUAAGUACGCUGCUGACAGGAACCGCUAUAGGCGCUAUCCCAGAAGAAGGGGCCCUCCUCGCAAUGGAGAAUAUCCAGAUAACUACCAGAGUGACGGAGAGGGUGAGCCAAGCAGCGGUGGCGGCGGAGGAGAACGAGAACGAGGAGGAGAACGAGAACGAGGAGGAGAGCGGGAGCGAGGAGGAGAGCGGGAGCGAGGAGGGGAACGAGGAGGAGGAGAGAGAGAACGAGGAGGAGGAGGAGGAGGCGGUCGAGGUCGAGACAAAAGCAGCCGAGAUGGGGGGGAGAGUGCCCCUGAAGGAGAUGUGCAGCAGCGCAGACCCGCUUAUCCUGGCAGACGGCGCUACCCACCAUACUUUGGAGGUGAGGGUGAUGAGAGCCAGGGAGGUCCUGACCAGGGCAACAAACCAGCGAGGCAGAGCUACUACCGAGGCUUCCGACCAAGGGGUCCACCACGUCCCAGACCUGCGCAGGAUGGUGAGGAGGACAAGGAGAAUCAGGUUGGCGAAGAUGGUCAGAACCAACAGCCCCGCCAGCGCCGCUACCGCCGUAACUUCAACUACCGCCGCAGACGUCCACAGACUGGUGACAAACCCGGAGAAACCAAGGAGGCCAAGACAGGAGGUGACCCAUCUGUAGAGAAAACGUCCGCUCCCGAGGCCCAGCAGGGUGGGGCUGAGUAAGAAACAACCUGCCCACCGGCACCUACCAUCUUUUACCAUCGUCCGGUUUUUUUGUCAACAAGAUGAAACAUCAAACAAGAUCUGAGCAAUAAAGAUUUGACUUGACGAUCGUCACAAGCUUGCACCAUGCAUUUGACCAGAUUACCACCGAUUGCCUGCAAAAUCUAUGCAGACUUUUUUUUCCUCCAUCAUUUUUAUGUGACAGCUACAAACGUUUUGGGGAAACAGCAAAUGUUUUUCUAAAUCUGUCCUAAGUUUUUACACCAAAUGGUUUUUAAAGAAAAAAUGGAAUUUGAUAACUGGUCAGUUUGACAUUUUUAAAUAACUUUUUAUGUAUUCAAACAUUUUAACAAAAUGCAAGCUCAAAUAAAAGUCCAGAAACCAGGAAAA